UGAUCGUCACUCUGCCCCGACAUGGCCGCUGCUCGCAGGAUGCAUCAAUCGCUGCUGCACUGACGCCGCCUUCUCCUCCUCCUCCUCUUUGUCCUGUCUCCUCAUCCUCAUUUUCCUCCGCGUCCGCCUCCUCCUUCUGCUGCUAACCCUGAAGAGACGCAGCUGCUGCCCCGAAAUGGAGGAGCUCAGCCCAGACGAGAUCCGCAGGCGCCGCCUCGCUCGUUUGGCGCAGCCGGCCACGCCGCUCACGUCACCGCAGCGAGAGACGGCACCGCCUAUCGCGGGGCCCGCAACUCCCGUAGCCUCAUCACCCCCGGCCACGGCCCAGGGGCCAUCCAUAGCCCAGGGUCCGUCGACCUCGCCGAGCGUGCCCGUGGAGAUGAGCCAGAGCAGCUCUUUGAGCAGCUCCCCGUCGGCCGGCGCCGAGUCGCAGUCGCAAGGCCUAUCGCGCUCACAGAGCAUGGAGAUCGACCGCUCUGCACCCGACAAGAGUGGAUCUCAGGUGGAUGUGGACUCGGGGAUAGAGAACAUGGAAGUGGAGGAGAGCGACCGCAAGGAUAAGCGAGGCCUGAACGUAAAGGGCUUGAUGCAGGCCUCGGACGACACGGAGAUGACCAAGGACCAGCUGCUACAGCUGGUGUGCAAGAUCCUGCGGGUGUCGUGGAAGCAGCCCGGCCGGGACCUGAUCUACCUCCCAGCGCUCGCGGCCGAGUUCCUUGCCGCCCCACGGAGCGUGUUUUCCGACUGGAAGGACCUGGUGGGACAGAUCCUCGUGGAGGUGCUCGUGAACCUGACACGCUCGGAUGCGCAGGCUCCUGCGGAUCUCCCUGGCUCGGUGGACUCCGUGGAGGAAAAUCCGUUCGCCGGUCUUGCCACCGGACCCCUCGCAGCAUCGCAGCCGGUGCCCGUGCCCCCCGGGCGGCGAGAUGUCUCCGGCAGCGACCCCGUGGCGCUGUGCAGCUUUCCCAGAAGCCCCGGCGCAUGCGGUGGAGAGGGUGCCAGCUCGAGUCUGGGUGGCAGUCAGGGCACAAGUCUGUACAGUGCCAGCCCCAGCCCCUGGUUCCGGGGUCUCGGAGCAUCAGCCCUCCCAUCCCGCCCCUCUCCCAGACCAUCCCCGCCGUCCCCCUUUCCUGCCACCGCCGGCGCUGCUUCUCCGACCCCAGGGCAGUUCGUGCUCAAUACUCCUGCUGUGCACAGUCCCAUGUUCAUUGGAACCCCGCAGCGCGCAGCGUUGGCAGCGUCGCCACGCCUUGACGACCCGGUCGCCCUCCUCCUGUCUCUCGUGGCGGCUCACGGAUCGCGCCGCCACCGCUCGGGCCACGGCGGUGAUGAUGACGACUUCGAUGAUAACGAUGAUGAGGAUGAGGAGGGUGUGCUCGGCACCAGCAGCAACAGCAGCGCCGCAAUCGGCAGUGACGCGACGGCGCUGUGCUUGCCAGCGGAGCACCGCAGAGACGUCUUCUCGAUGGAGAGCUGCGCAGAGACGCACGCGCUCAACUACCUCGUCGAGUGCUUCGACCGCGUCGCCAUGGAGGAGAGGGCAGCGCCCAAGAUGUGCAGCCUUCCCGAGGUCGGCCGCGUGCUGGGGCAGAUCCGCACGCAGUGUGUGGCUCACGCAACGCUCGUGCUGCAGGGGGCGCUGACCCAACCGCGAUCUGCACUACAUCCGUCGCUGCUGGUGCCAUACCUGCUGUGCCGGAAUUUGCCGGUCGGCUUCAUUCAGGAGAUGGUGAGGGCCUCCUGCCUGGACCAGGAUGCGUUCAGUCAGGUGUUCAUGCCAGUGGUGCAAGGCCUUGCCCAGGCCUGCUGCGAGUGCUCGCUGGAGAAUGACAAUUUCAAGUUCCCGCUCAUGGCACUGGCGGAGCUGUGCGAGGUGAAAGUGGGAAACACUCGCCCCAUCUGCUCCUUGGUUGCACUGCACGAGCUGUGGCUGCCCGACUCGCUCACUGGUGGGGGCGGCCGCGAGCUGCAGCGUCUCUCCUUCAUCGGCUCUGUCUUCUCACUCUCCGCCUUCUCCGAGGACGACCCCAAGGUGGCAGAGAAGUAUUUCUCGGGGCCAACACUCACACUGGACAAUACGCGCGUUGUCAGCCAGGCCCUGCAGCAUCACCUGGAGACGGCGCGGAUGGAGCAGUUCAAGGUGCUGCACAGCAUGCUGCUCAAUGGAGGCACGCGGGAAGCCACGCUCGCGUACAUGGCUGCCGUUGUCAACCGCAACGGCAAGAAGUCACAGCUGCAGACGGAUGACCGCCUGGUGUCGUCCGAUGGCUUCAUGCUCAACUUCCUGUGGGUGCUGCAGCACCUGGCGGCGCGGAUCAAGCUGGAGACUAUAGACCCGCUCUACCCAUUCCACCCGCGCUGCCGGCUGACACUGGGCCCUGACGAGACGCGGCUGAAGGCGACGCGCGAGGAACUUGCUGUCUGGCUGGAGCGACUGCGCUCGGAGCCGUGUUGCCAGGCCGACGUCAAGUUCCCCACGGAGUGCUUCUUCCUCACGCUGCACUGCCACCACCUCUCCAUUCUCCCUGCGUGCCGACGCUACACACGGCGCCUGCGCGAGAUCCGCGAUCUCAACCGGAGCCUAGAGGAACUCAAAAGCAAAGAGGAGGAGACACCAAGCACUGGGCGCCACCGCGAGCUGCUCAAACGCUUCAAGGCGCGGCUCAGGAGGCUGGUUCGUGCGAAGGCAUGUGCGGACGUGGUCCUGUUGGACGAGAAUCUGCUGCGGCGUUGCCUGCACUUCUAUGGCUCCAUGGUCUGUCUGCUCUUCCGCAUCGUCGACCCCGUCAACCCUAAGCCCCUGCUGCCGCUGAACCCCGAGAUUCCAGAGGCAUUCUCAGCUUUGCCAGAGUUCUACAUCGAAGACAUCGCCGAGUUCCUGCUCUUCAUUAUCCAGUACAGCCCGCAGGUGCUGCAGAGCGAGCCGUGCGGGCCCGACCUCGCCACCUUCCUGCUGGUGUUCGUGUGCAGCCACACAUACCUGCGCAACCCGUACCUACUCGCCAAACUGGUGGAGGUGCUGUUCGUGCUGAACCCCAGUGUGCAGCCACGCACCGCGCGCUUCCACGAGAUGCUGGAGAACCACCAACUGGGUACGCGCCACCUGGCGCCAUCGCUCAUGAAGUUCUACACAGACGUGGAGCAAACAGGCGCCAGCAGCGAGUUCUAUGACAAGUUCACCAUCCGCUACCACAUCAGCGCCAUCUUCAAGAGCCUGUGGAGCAAUCCGGCACACCAGGCCACCUUCCUGGAGGAGUUCAACUCGGGGAGUCAGUUUGUGCGCUUCAUCAACAUGCUGAUCAACGACACAACGUUCCUGCUGGACGAGAGCCUGGACUCUCUCAAGAGGAUCCACGAGCUGCAGGAGGAGAUGCGCAACAAGGAGGCGUGGGAUCGCCUCUCCCAGGAGCAGCAGCAGAGCCGGGCGUCUCAGAUGAGCCAGGACGAGAGGCAGUGUCGCUCCUACCUCACGCUCGCCAUGGAGACCCUCGACAUGUUCCACUACCUCACCAAGCAGGUCCAGAAGCCCUUCAUGCGGCCCGAGCUGUCUGAUCGCUUGGCGGCCAUGCUGAACUUCAACCUGCAGCAGCUGUGCGGGCCCAAGUGCCGGGACCUGAAGGUGGAGAGCCCUGAGAAAUACGGCUUCGAGCCGCGCCGCCUGCUCGACCAGCUCACCGACAUCUACCUGCACCUCGAUUCGCCCGAGUUUGCGCAUGCAAUUGCCAAUGACGAGCGCUCGUACCGAAAGGAGCUGUUUGAGGAUGCCGUGGGUAAGAUGAAGAAGGCCGGCAUCAAGACGGCAAUCGCCGUGGAGCGCUUCCGCCUGCUGGCGGAGCGAGUGGACGAGAUGGUGCAGCACAACGUGCAGGCCGACCACGACUACAGCGAUGCGCCCGAGGAGUUCCGCGACCCGCUCAUGGACACGCUGAUGAGGGACCCUGUGCGCUUGCCGAGUGGCAAGGUGAUGGACCGCAGCAUCAUCAUCCGGCACCUGCUCAACGCGCACACCGACCCUUUCAACCGGCAGCCACUCGACGAGACCAUGCUGGUGCCAGAAACGGAGUUGAAGGAGAGGAUCCAAGCGUGGAUGCGAGAGAAGCACAGGAAGUGACGCACACCAAACCACGACGCUCACAGGAAGCGUGACCCCGUGAACCAGGAAGGGAAGGAAGGCUCCUUCAGUUGUACACCACGCUGUGUCGUUUGCUUAAAGAGAAAAAGGCAAAAUACCCAACACGACGAUGAAAAGGAAAAAACUGAGAUCGCAUUUCACCUGAAGUCGGACGACAGAACCGCGCUUUUCCAGCAUCAGGCACCAAUGGUGCUGCUGCGUCGCAAAGCUGCUCCGCACGCGCGAGGGACAUACGUUGGCGUCGGCCAUUUUCCUCCCUCAAAUCUCGUGCCGGCGGCCGCCUUUAACUCCCAUCGCGCCUCCCCCCUCCCCCACACUCCCCUGUCCUCCAUUGUGCAGUCUGAAAGCCGGGUUGCACUGUGAACUAAAGGUUGUGGAGUGAAAGUGAACGGCUGGGCGUGCGCUAGCGGAGCCAUUGCACGCACCGUUUUGUCGUGGGGGGCGGCCAGGGUGCAGACAGCCAAACGCCUCCCCUCCCUGCGCCGCCUCAAGUAUUAGAUACAUCACUUCCCAGGUCAGUGCUUCAGGAUAGUCCCUAAUCCUCCUUGCUCCCCUGUGUACCCCUCCCCUUGCCGCAGCGCUUCCGAGUGCAGGCAACUGUUGAAGAACUCUGUAGUUAGAGAUCACGUUUGAAUUAGAAUAUCUUUGUAUUUCUUCCGUUAGAGAUCAUUAAAAAUUUGAUACUUAAUUGUAUAAAGAGCAUGUUGGCAACAGAGGCAAGACUUAUUUAUUAAGCGCCAACCCAACAGGACAAUUCCACUCGCAAGAGUGGAAAACGAAGGUAGACAUGUGGAAACUUUUCUCUUAUCACCAUUACAAUUUUUUUUAUUAUCAAGAUAAAAAAAAACUGAAUUUAUUCAUAAUAAUAUAAAGCACAUGUAAUAAGUUUUCAAAGUCAAACCAUAUACAGUUGAACCCUGCCAUUUGCUACACAUGUCAAUCAGAUGUAAUGAAUGAUCCAACCAGAAAUGAUACAAAUAUACAUUUUCACAAAAUGUACAAUCUGUUCUAUGUUGCAUUUUACAAGCUUAUAAAAACAUUUAUUUCUCAAUGCUGAUCAUACUUUGAGGACUGGUCCCAUCAUAGAAAUUUGGAUUUUCCCUAUCUAGCUCAAAGCCACAAAGAGAUGAGCACCUCCCUAUGUGAGCUUGAGUAGGCACACGUUUUAACCUUGGGGGGCAGGGUGGUUCAGUGGUAACACUCAUUCCUUACAGCAAAAAAGGGCCUGGGUUUCAUUCCCGACUCGGGUGCCUUAUUGUGUGGAAUUUGUAUGUUCUCUCCCUGUUAUGCAUGGUUUUACGCUGGAUUCUCUGGUUUCCUUCCAUUUCUUAAAAGCCACACAGUGUUACUGGUAUUUGGCAAACAUCCCAAAACUGAAAAUUACUUGAAAAUUACUCAAAUGAGGGGACACAGCAAAAUCAACACCGUCAAAAAUCUGGGCAAGACCCUCCUGAAAAAGUCCUGAGACUUGGUGAGACUCUCCUGGGCAAACAGGCAUAAUAAUAGCCAUGAUGGCCUCAUUUAGGGUAAAUCUUACAGCAUGCCUCAGAAUACUAGAAAGCAUGAAACAACGUUUUUUUUUUACUCGUGAAAUAUCAAUUAGAAUCAGAACAAUAAUUUGUGUAUACAAAUAUGCAACUGCUUUCUUUAGCAGACUAUCGGCACAAAAUACUGGAUAAAACAGGAAAAAUUUUACCAUAAAAAACUACCAAGAAUGAAAUUCUGAAUCUAAUUGCGACAGUUUAUCGAAUCACAGGGCAGCAAAUUGUCACCUGCCUCCUAUGAAGAUGGCUCGGCAGUAGAGCGAGCGGCUCGCAAUCAGGAGGUUGCAAAUUCAAAUCCUGGUUAGGGAUUGACUCAGGCCAUCAUCCCUCUGGGGUAUAAAAAAUUUGUUCCACUUGGAUAUCCAAUCAAUAGACUUGCACAAUCACGGGAAUGUAGCAUUUUCACCGUUGGCUCGGGAUUGUAAACAGAUGAGCUCUGCUUUGGUGCUCAUUAGAGUAGGAACUCUCUUGACUUUUAACUGUAAACCUGGCCCCCCACAUGUUGGACACACACGACCACACUUUAGCAAGAAUUCUCCAAGCGACGUGAGCAGCUGUGAUCCGUGUGGCAUGGUUAGUAAGGCCUUUUGUUGAGCAGCAGACUGAGCACCACGACCACCUCCAGCACGGCCGGUGGCACACUGUGGGGGGAGACCAAACACAACAAUUGAAGCUGCUUCUUCGCCUUAUAGACCUAAGUGACAAGUGCUAUCAGCCAAUGGUUCUCUGCUGAGCUACCUCCGUCUGCACAUUGCUGUUUAAACACCAAAUGCUAAUUUAAUGCCGAGACCUCGGGAAAAGCUCGGCAUCUUUUACCGAGUGUUGUUAUUUUGGUCAGUUAAAUAUAAUUUGCUUGUACAUACCAUCAGGUAUUCACAUUUUGAAAGGUGUACGUAUACAGAAACUGAUAUUCAAAUGUUUUCUAAGAAUGCAAUUGGAUGGUGCAAUGGUUUACUAACAUAACCUUGAUUUUCCCAACCACAAGUAAAAAAAAAUCCACUGAGCUUUAAACUUCAAACUAUUUUUAUGUUAUCUGGUACCGCCACAGAUUUACAGCCCUUUUUCAGAACCAACCUGGCUACAAAUGAUAGCUCAACGAAGUUGCUUAUGUGGAAAUUUAUAGCAGCCAAAUACUCUAAACGCAAGUUUAUAAAUGAAGGGAUAACCCGGAGGAUCCGGAUAAAAAUCCACGCGACCAAAUAUACAGGCGUCAGGGUCAGGAUCGAACCCACACGUGUACACCAGGCGAGGUAGUUAAUGAGGUAGCAGAUAAGAUGCACUUGAGACCAGCAUUGUCUUUCAAGGAAGACUUGGGGAAAAUAUUUAUUUUUGAACAGGCACAGACGAAUUUCCCAAACUGUCAAGAGGCCAGGAACAAACAGCACUAUCCAAGUUGUCAUAGAUGAGAGUUGUUGGUACAUUGCUUUAAUUGAAAAAUGUCAUUACUGGUUGAACAAAAAAGGUAGCGUGGUGAGUGGUUGAGUGAUAUAGUGGUGAGUGAGUGUUGUGACCUGCAGUAGUGUGGUGGUUAAAUACAGUAUGGAUGAGGUAAAGCAGUCUAGUUGAGUCCUCAACGCUUUACUCAGUGACGCUGCUUGGAACAGUGACCAUUAUUGUAAAACAGGACAAGACAGCACUUGAAAAUUGCUGAAUGGGCCUGCACUCUGCGUUCUCUAUUCUUGUUAAAUGUGAGAUGCGUUUACCUGCAGAAACCCAGGAGCCACCAGGCGGCGUCGCAGGCCAGGUAGUCGAACAGGUAGAACGCCAUCGUGAUGCCGGCGCUGCUGUGACAACCGAUGGCUGGUCGCGACGCUGGUCAAGGGGAUUUUGCCUGCUUCCAUUGCAUAUUUUUCUGUUAUCCACAUUAUUAAGAAGCAACAUGUGCAAACAGAAGCACCAAUACUAGAAAAUAUGCAAUUGCAUUAUAUUUCCCUAUUGGAUGACUUGGAAAUAAGCUCGGCCUUGCAAUAUUUUGGAAACAAUUUGCUAAUGCAAAUCGAAGUGUUCUUGCAGACCAAUUUUAUGUAAAUAGGUCACAUUAAACGAACCAUGUCACUUUG